AUUCCAGUAGAUGGCUUCAUUGAAUUAAACACAAGCUGGAGAAUUUUGUAUGAUAUUGCGUUAUAUUUCAUCACAAUUUCAUCAAAUAUCACCAGUGGACGAGAAAGAGUUAUUACCUAUAUCUCUGCACAGACUAUGAAAGUUUGUGAAGUAAACUCAUGCAGCUUUUCGUCCUGGUAUAACAAUUUUAAGAAUGUUACAUUUCGAAGGUAUGAUAUUUUUCAAUGAGCACGUGAGUUGAUUCUCACAUUAAAUACUUUUAAUUAAAUGAUAUUUAAAGUCACCUCUAUACGUCAUGUACCGGAUUAUUCAGUUGCCGAAAGAGGUAUAUCAGUAUUUGCUAUGUGAUGGAAUUGUUCUUCCUAAGGGAUCGUGUGGACCCAAGACCACCUAUGAUGGUGCUUCAAUAGAUUCAGAUAGUUCGUGGGAUGAAGAGGAAACUGAUGAUAAAGAAUCUCAGAAUCAGCCACAUUUUCCAGAUUUUGACAACGAAAUUCGGGGAGCUAUCAAAGCUUUGGGAGGUGCAGUCUUUCCAAAAUUAAAUUGGAGUGCUCCAAGAGAUGCCUGUUGGAUGAUGAGCGGAAAUAGUUUGAAAUGCUAUCAUCCAAGUGAUGUUUAUCUAGCUCUAAAAAGCUCUAAUUUUAUAAUGAGAGACUUGACUGAAGCAUAUAUCAAAUGUGAAGAUUAUGAGAAUACGAAACCUCGCGAGAAAUUUGACCUUAUAUUAAAAAGGUAUCAUGAGUUAAAUCCCGCUUGUGAAUUUCGAUGCUUUGUUAAAAAGAGAAAAUUUAUUGCAAUAAGUCAAAGAUAUUGUGAUACGUUCUACUCCCAUAUUGAAGAGGAAAGAGAGGCCAUCAUGAAUGAUUUACAUAGUUUUUUUGAAAAUAAUAUAAAGGAGAGAUUUGAAUUUUCAGAUGUUUUUGACGUUUAUAGACCUCAACCAAACAAAAAAUACGUUAUCGAUUUUAAUCCUUUCGGUUCAGUGACAGAUAGUUUAUUAUUUGACUGGAAUGAAAUCGAAGAUCCUGAGUUCCUAGAUAAAUUUACAUUACCGAAAGAUUACAUAAAAUACGACACUUGUUUCCGAUUUGUUACUGGCAACAAUUCAGUUCAACCAAACCCGAUUCGUUGUUCUAGUAGUAUUCCUCAAGAUUUUCUUGAUUUAUCUGCAGGCACAGAUGUAGAUAAAUUAAUGGAUUUCAUGAAAUUAAGUAAAAAUGACAUACAGUAA